CACUGAUCCCAUCACACCACCGCCACGCCUUUUGUCUUGGUUUGGGUGCACCGCUUCGUCAUCGAUCCCCAUCACGCCUUUUUGUUUGUCCCCCAAUCGAAUCGCGCCGCGCUUGUCACAGCGCACUGACCAUGUCGGAUACAUUCAUGCACACCCUUCCGGACGCGCACGGGCACGCGGUGCAUACUUGCGUGGUAGACGAUGACGCGCUGGGCUGGGAUGCGCAUGCAGAUGGAGAGGACGAGGAGCGUGGCUCUGCGGCAUCCGUGUCCGCGUCCGCGUCCCCGGAAACGACUGUAGCAUCGGCGACGACGACAAGCUCCACUACGAAUACCACCGCAUCCAACGCUACCACGACUGCCAGCACGAUAUCCACGCCCUCGUCGACCGUCGACGAGCCAGACGUUGAAGAGACGAAACAGGACACAUACGGAGACGCAGAGGCAAAAGCGGGCACACAAAACAAAUCGGAGGGGCCAGGGGAAGAGGGCUUAGGAGCGGCCGUGAUGACGACAAAGUCGCGAGACCGGCCGCUGAAAGGCAAGGGCACGCGAUCGUGGGCGCAAUUACCCGGGGAGGUCGUGAGAUUAAUCGCCUCUUACCACCGCCUCAACGCUUCGGCGUCGUACGUCGUGCCUGCAGUGUAUGAACCCCCGCUACCCCAGCGACCGACGGAGUCCACAAAUGCGUUCGCAUUCAUGGAGGCGGAACGGCGUGUUUGGCUGGCGGCACUGGACGCGUUGGCGAUGGAGACCGUGAUGAGCCUGAUGGACGAUCAAGUGGAGACGCACAGCUUCUGGGACGCGGCGAUCGAGGUGUAUGACCCGACGCGUGCAACGGCGCACUACGCGCAACCGGCCCCGCCGAAUCAAAACAACAACACGAGUAACAGCAACAGUAGCGCGGGCGCGCCGAUGACACCCUACCGACAUCUGCGCCUGCUGACGGGGAGCACCUGCCUUCUGUGCCGUCUGGCUAUGCCGCACGCGCCUGCGCCGCUGCUGAUGAACAACGUGCGGCGCACUCAGCGGACGCUCCACCUGGGUUACGUUCCGGCUUGCAAGGACCACUCAUCGACCAACACGCGGCGUGACCGAUGGUGCGGGAUGUGUCUUCGAGACCCGGAACUCGCGCGGUCAGGCAGGGCGGAGCUCGUCAAGUCGGCGAGGGAGGAGGAAAUGCGUUGGCGGUGGGCAGAUGACAGCACCGGUACCGGCACCCACACCGCUGAGGAGGUGCGCGCCAGACGUUCGGCGUCGGCUGCCCGCGCUCGGGCCUGCGUGGACGAGGAAGAACGGUUUAUGGUGCUAACGGCAUCUUGGCCGCCCGCAGUGGGGUGCGGUGUCGAUCUGAGCGUUGCCGUCAAGGCAGUCCUGCCAGCGAUCCAGGCGCAGUACCACGCGCAGCAGUACCCGCACUACUACAACCACCCGCACACAGCUCAGCAGCAGGCCCACCUCGUCGGGUGGCUUGAGAACCGGGAUGGACUCGCGUGCGUCGGGGAGAAAGACCGCUCGUUUCCGGGCAUCAAUGUCACGUGUCGUGGGUGUCGCGGGGAGUGGAUUUGGCGCGCAGCGGUGCGCGGUGUACUCGGCGAAGGGGACGCCGAGCGGGUCGGACGGGGGCUCAGUUUGCGCGGCCUGGACUUGGGCAGCAGUGCUGAUGGAUCGAGGUCGCCAUCGUCGCCCCAGCACUCCUUGCUUGCGGCAAUCGGAAUCACCUACCCACCUUCGCCGGACACAAUUGGAAUGUUCCGGCCGCGCGACCUGCUCACACGAGGAGCACUGACGAAUCUGCUUGAUCUGGGCGAAGGCACGGUGGACUCGCUGCUUCGGGGCGCCGCGGAACGGGCGUGGCUGGCCCGGCAGACGCGUUGGAACGCAAUGAUGCGUGAGGCUGUCGAGGCGCGGAGAUUGGGUGUGGGGCGGCGCAGUCGGCGCCGGGAACAGCAACAGCGGCGGAGAGCGGAGACGCCCGGCCCACGAGCCCGGUUUGAGAAUACAGCAGCGAAUCAGGCCGCUUAUGCGCGGGCGGGGUACGUCCCGGACGAGGUGUCCUCUGAUGAGGAUUCGGAUGUCGGCUCGGAACUGGGGUCGGACGAGAUGUUUGAUUCCGAGGCAGAGGAUGAAGAGGAGUCUGAAGAGGAAGAUGAGGUAGAGAUGGCAGAAAAUCUCGAUGCUGCCGUGCGCGACAUGGCAUUGGGCGAUUGGGCCCGCGCACGGAUUCUGUCCGGAAGAUGGACUGCACCGGCAGACGAGUAUUACGCCAUCGGUACAGAUCCGGAGAAAACGAUGCAUCCACUUCCCUGGUCUGUUUCGACAUCCCCCACCCCACCAUCCAGAACACCGCCACUGCCACCGCCGUCUGACACGCUUACGCACUUUGCCCAGGUCGCGUAUGGGCGUCAGAUGCGCGCGAUCCUUGGCCCAGCGAUGCUGAAUGUCGUGCGCCGCGUGGCUAUGUCGGACGACGCAUCCUCAGACGAUGUGCCCGAUGCCGUGCUCCGCAUCUCGCGCGUCACCCUCCCCGCUGUGCUUCGUACCCUGCGAGAAGACGAGACAGCGUGGUAUGACGGGGAAGACAUCUUGUCGGCGAUCCCGCGCAUCCCGGUCCCCGCCGAACCCGACACGCCGGGGGACAUCCUGCGGGAGCUCGGGCCGGCGGCGGCGGACGCGCUGUGGACCACGUGGCGCGAGGCGUGCCGGGACGUCUAUGUGUGCUCGUGCAGCAUUUGUAGCAGGGCCGAAGCGGCCGCUCUCGCCGCCGAGACGGACAGCAGCGCUGCCAACCACGUGAGCAGUGUGCGGCUGAGUCUCCCCGCGCCGCCGGUCGUACCAGUGCCGGCGUCCCGAGAGGAGGAGGAGGAGGGGGACGAACAGGACCCGCUCGUGAUCGAGAUCCCCUCCGAGUACGACGUGGACGAGGACGAGGACGGACUGGGUGUGGUGUCGAUCGUCAUCCCCGAUUCGGAGGACGAUGUAGAUGUUCCGGAGCCGCUACUGCGGACAGCGCGAAAACGUUCCGUGGACGAAUGCGAGUUGGAUGACGGUGAUGACGAUCGCCAUGGCAAGCGACUGGAUGGCUCGAUGACCUCGGAGGCGCCGGGGACGCCGCCCAAACGCGCGCGGCUCGCUAAUGUGCCCGCGGAUGAGCGGUGGGGCAUGAAUCUGGGCUUGGCGAAGCGUGGAUCCGAGGAGCUGGAAGCAGAGGAAGCAGAGAUCGGGGAAGAGCUUUGGAGAAUGAAUGGCAUAGCCCAUGGAGGGAGAAACUUGAAGAGGGCCCGGGGGGAGGCGUAAAAUGGAUUAUCUCGACGUGGUCGUCGAAGUUGUACUUGUCGUGUUGUUCGCUUGCUGAUCUACAUAUCUUCUCUGUUUCUCGUUCGUUUGCUUGUCUCGGGUGCUCGAUCGUCGUGAACCUCAGAUGGGGGGUGCCAAAUGUUUUCAUUCCCAUUCUCAGUCAGCUGGAUGACCAGCUGUUCACUCACGCACGAUGAACCAGUGCAGUGAAUUGUCCACUCCAUCGGCCGAACUUCCGCGAAUACCUGCGCCAUGGCAUAUACGUCCUGACUUGUAUACGUAUGCAUUAUCAAAGUCUCUCAUCGAGUAGCUCAUUACGACUCCGAGUGAAAGCUAAGAGGCAGAGGUAGAGGCAGAUAGACUGCGCUUCCUCGCGGAGUGAGAGGGGAGCUCCCACUCCUCUCUACUUCGUGCCUCCCCCAUGUCCAACGAUGCGGCCGCCGUCAGCUGGAUCAAUCCGCCGUCAGAAUGACGCACCGUGCCCAUGAAAGCGCUCGCCCUGGGGUUCUCACGGACCUGGAAAUCGUGUAUGGGACACGCUUUUUUAGCUACUAGUCCUCCUACUGCUCGCUCACGGGCACACCCCGGCGGCCCUGCAGACCCUGGGGCUCGAGGAGUUGAAUCACAUGCGGUCGAUCUUCGAGAAUCCGCCCGAUACAGGGAUGUGGGAGGAGGCACUCGAGAUGAAGCGCCGUGGAGAGCUCGUUGGGCGUGAGUUCUGGGACCAGAUGUUGGGGCAUUAUCAGGUACAUUGGGAAGACUAAGUUAGCUAGGCACUACGAAGCAAGUUCUGGUGCAGCAUGGUUGGCAAGUGGCCUCCAUCGGGAAGGCGAGAAUCUAGCAGCCGGGAUUCAUUGCACGGCAAUAGCAGUACUAGGCAUAUCUUUUCUGCACUUGAUACGAGACCCCAAUAUCAGCCAUUGCUCCUGGUCAUUCACUCGACAUUACAUGGAGCCUCGUAGAACAUUGGAAUUCACUACCUCAACUGUCAUGAUACCUCAACUGUCAUGAUAAUCCAACAUGUUCUCCAUCACUCAAGUUGGAUGGACGGAUCAUGACCCAGGAAAAGGCGGGCGAUAUCUCCGACCGAGAACCGUUUCUUGAAAAGAAAGUGACCUCUUGUGGGCUUUCUUCAUACAUGCUUUCAGACGUGACGGCUCAGAACAUCGACGACUAAUCGUUCUACUACUGAUGUCAAGUUGCGAUAAGGAAGUCUUGAGUCUAGCAAGUAUCAGUGAAAUUCCUGCUCGAUAAUCCAAUCACCCUUGUAAUUACUAACAUCGGCGGGGGGUGGUUUUUGUGCCAUAUAGACGACCGAUUUAAUAGUUUAUAUCGCAGGGCAUCAAAAUUGAUUGGGAAAUGAACUGCGACAGGUCGAAGCUGCUCGAAGCAGCUUUUUGCGGGGGAAGAGAGGAGCAAUACCUGCUCCUUCUCCCACCGUCAUGUCAGGCCAGAAUCCCAGCGUCAGCUGGAUCACUCCACGAGCCCAGUGGCGCUCGCGGCGCGGCGAAACACGCACCGUUCCCAUGAAGGUGCUCGUUCUGGGGUUCCCGCGCACGGGCACUGCCCAUUCAGAAGGCGCUGCAGAUUCUGGGGUUCGAUGCGGUGUACCACAUGCGAGCCGUGUUUGCGAACCCGCCGGAUGCAGAUAUGUGGGAAAAGGUGCUGGGGAUGAAGCAGCGCGGGGAGCCUGUGGGCCGCGAGAUUUGGGACGAGAUCCUGGGGCAUUGCCAGGCAGUGACUGACGCACCCUGUGCGAUUUACGCGGAAGAUCUGCUCGCCGCAUACCCCGAUGCCAAGGUCAUCCUGACGCUGCGCGACCCCGAGCGGUGGUGGACGUCUUACGCAAGGACCGUCAACAGCAUGCUGCGGCACCGCCUCUUCGCCGUCGCCGUCUGGCUCGAUUCGGGCAAAUACGGCCUGCGGCGCGUUGCGUCCGUCGCGUUUACGCACGUCGACCAGCUCGUUGGCCCCGCUCCGACAGCAGCAGAGGCGCAGGCGCGGUUCGUCGCGCAUUACGAGCUUGUUCGCCGCUUGGCGGCUGGCCGACUGCUGGAGUUCGACGUGAAGGUCGCGGGGUGGGCGGAGUUGUGCGCCUUUUUGGAGGUGCCGGUCCCAGAGGGUGUGGAGUAUCCACAUGUGAAUGAUGCGGCGGAGUUUCAAGCGGCGUUGACGGCAAAUGCGCUCACUUCGCUUCGGCGUCUCGCUGGCGAUUGGCUUCCAUGGGCGGCUUUCGUUGUGGCUUGCCCUGUCGCUGUUGUCCUGGCUGUGUCUUCUCGGAAAUAAUAGAGCGGAUGGUCAGACAUGUCUAGACCAGAGUGGUUUGACAUGACAAUUCGGACUCUGAGUUGAAUCACUAGAUUAAUGAAUUUUGACUUGACAAAUAUGGUUGCGUGUCAAUGCAUCCGACCCUCUUCUCAUGAACUUCCCUGGCGGCAUCAGUGUUCCAGAACAAAAUGAUAAGUCUCACUUCAUUUUAACACAAAACAAGAGCCGAAAAACCUUCGAUUGAUCCAGGAAGUGCGGGAUCGAACGAAUCCCGACGUGGUUAAGGCACGUGACUAUGUUGACCAGUACCUGAACCGAGCUAAAGUCGAUGUUAACUUGCGUCAACGACUUUCGCUUGCACUGCCAACCCCAAUACCGAUCACUCCAGUAUUCAAUGGCCGACUCGAGCCUCUCGUACCACGUCCUCUUCCUCGACUCAGCCGCCCCCUCAUUCUCGAUUUCAUUCGACCCGGACGUACGCGGGGAGUCUCUGCUCGAUGCAAGCCCGGAGGAUUUCUUGGAGCUCGCGGGGGUCCGGAAGGAGGUUGGGGAGCUGCUUCUCUCGCCGCCGCCCGUCCCCACGGUGGUACCGUACCAGCCGCUGCUGCGGGUGGAAGAUCUGGUGCGCGCUCGCACGGUGGAAGUACUCGAAGCGGCAGGAGUCGGGCAGAACUGGAACGAGGGCCCGAAGGAAUGCCCCAUCAUGGGCGUCCCAACAGUUGACCCGGCACCCCGGGCCGGGGAUGAUGUGAACGAAGCUGAGCAUCAACAUAUGAUCUCGGAUCAGUGCCGGACCAGAUCGGAGGGAGAGUCGGUCCGCACCGCACAGGCACCUCCACAGGAACUGCCACAGCGAGGACACACUGCCGAGAAGACUCGAGCGCGCCGACAAGCAGACUAUCUACCUCACAACCCCUCACUUCCACGCGAGCUUUCGUCUCGGACGCCCACCCGUCAUGUCACUGCUACUGAGUCCCGUCGUGUGCUGCUGGCCCCAGGACAGAGCGAUUUGUCCAUGCGCGGGCUCUCAAAUCUCCUGGUCGCAGACAUAGAGGAAGACGAGGGUUUCGCUGCAGAUCGCGCUGAGUCGGAGCAAAGGCCGAAUCUUCCGUUGCCGAGCCUUACGGAAGAGCCACUGGCACAAGAUGUCUCCGUUUCCUCCCAUGCGGUGGUCCCAGAUGCAUCCGGAGCCGGAGCUGGAGCUGGAGCUGGAGCUGGAUCCCUUGACAGCCGUGCAGCUAGGGAGCGCGGAUAUGAAAGCAGCCUGCUACCCGAGGUGCGGGCCAAGGUGAGUCUCGGUCAUCGAUACUGCUUGUUUUUUCCUUUCUGCUGACGAACGCCGAGGCACGCGUGGCGAACGAUUGUAGUUACGACGCAGACGAUGAACUGUCGACGCUGGUUGAUUCCAUUCCCAUGAAUCCAUUGGACGGGCUGUCAGCGCCCACGCGUGCUGAUGCUGCUGCUGCCGCUGCUGCCGUACAUCCCGACGCUCAAGCGAGCGGCAACAUGAUUAUCGCCCGGCUGAAAUGUUCGUGCGGAAACGGUUCGCCGCGGAGGGUAGAUGACGAUGGACCGGAGCGUCGGAGUACGGGUCUUCCAGUGUGAGUCUCCGCGGUUUUGUGUGCCGCAAAUAAACUGAUCUAUUUUUGCCGUAACGCAGUAUCAUUAUCGAGUCUCCGAAUCAGGAGGGUGCGUGGGGUAGCGAACCGACAACGCAGGAAAGAGUAGGAUGGGAAACAAAAUCAGGGGAAACCGUGGUGCGUGCGGAUGAAUCGUUCUAGAGCAGAGCUUGUUCCUGACCACCGUCAGCAGGACGAAGAUACCAGAACUCGUACCAAACUGCGGGACUGUGCUCCGAAGAAGUCGGCUUUGGUGGCAUCUAACGAAUCCGCAGCGGAGAAGGUAGUACCGUCGAAGCUCGAGCUACCAACAGCCUUGGAAAGUUCCAGACUAGCGCGGCCGAAAUCGACUUGCAUCAUUACCCCAAAAGCCGCGCCCAAACUCAAAGCUGCAGCUCCUCUGAGAUCGGCCAGUACCAACGCUAGGCGCGCCACGACGACACCUGCUCCACGAAUCAGCACGGUUCUACGUACUGUCCCGGUGGCGGCGCGCGAGCCAAACGCCCAGCCUGCGGCUGCCAAGCGGCCAGCUGCAUCGGGUGUAACGAAAGCCGGUCGAGCAUCUGCUGGCAGUACUAUGACCCCGCAAAUGCGGGCAGCUGAUCCCCCGGUGGCGUCUCUGGUCCAUCGACGUGCUUCGCUGGCUUCUGUCACUAGAAUUCCCGCGAGUAAUAAUGCCGCGCGUACCUCUGCCGCAAGGCACACCGCGAAAACCUCGAAUCCUGCACCACCUAGCUCACGCACCGACGCGAAGGCGCUCCAGCCGAUCGCUGCUCGGCGUGCGACGCUGAGUGGCGGCUCGGUCGUCCCCAUUAAACACGCUGCAGCGGGGCCAGCGCGGGCCGGAUCGAACGCGUCCUCCUCGCGUCCCCGUCCGAGUUUGUCUCUAGCUGCGCAUGACCUCCCGCGACGGGGCGUGCCAGACUUCAAAGCCCUGCACGCAUCACAGGCCGCCCGGCUCGCGGUGGCUCAGUCCACCGCCGCAGCCGCAGCGACCGCCAGGUCGGUGACGGUCCCCCGCCCGGUCUCGUUCAGCACGGACCGGCGGGUUGAGGACCGGCGGCGGCGCGAGAAGGACAAGGAGGACAAGGAGAAUGAUCGUGAGAUGCACAAGAUGAGGGUGGGUACUGCUCCGGCGGUGGCGGUGGCGCUGGGGUCCAAAAUGCCACCAGGGACAGCGAAGGGGAGGGCGCAGAUCAUGCGCCGAGAUUCCGUCGCUGGGAAAAUGGCAAGGUGAACGAUCUUUGUUACUCGAUAUUCCACUGUGGCCGAGGACUCGGAACAUUGUCUUUAUCCUGCCCGUUAACAAUCUCAACACUUUUUUUGUUUGUCCACGAGGACUGCCAGCUCUUUUGUUUGUCGGGUUUCCCUACAUUCUCCAUCAUCGAUUAUCAUAUCUUGAACCUAAACCCGCGGCUGCGCCAUCAUUAUGAUGGAUCAAUCGGUAUCACUGUACGUAAUGACUCACGGAUAUCCAUGCACACGGGACAAGCUUCCCGGAUUAUUUUCAUCUCGUGCGCUGCAGCUUUUUGUCGCGAGCGCUUACAGCUGAUUUCAAAAGAUUGGGCGGGUUCUGUUCGUGUGGAGCGCCAAAAACUUAUUGAUAGUUCUUUGUACCUGUUACCUGUACCCCACACUUGCUCCACCUACCCAUUUCCGUGGACCGAUGGCCCGUCGCCGCUUCGCAGCUCACUAUGGGUACCAAUCCCCGUAUCUCCCUCGAAAAUCGACGACUUGUCCUCUAUCAGUUUCAUCAGCUUCGGCGGCGACAGCGACAGAUUGCCGCAGACUUGAUGAUCUCGGAGCACUCGGUGCGGAGGGUAGUCGGGCAACAACGACGCAUUCAGGCUGGGCUUGAGAGGAGAAUCCCUCUCAGUUCUGAAGAACCCAGGGUUCUUCGGGCCUAUGAUCUUGUGGUGCGUGCAGAGAUCUGGAGGCGCGUCCACUAGAGUAGUCCACCCAUUGACAAUCCGGGUGUGUUUGCGAUGUGGCUGUGCCGAGAGUCUGGAGCGGGCGUUUCCUAGUUUAGACAGUCAUUAGUCAUCAUCAUCCUUUUUCUGUGGAACACAUCCAUCUUCACGGCAUUCGCUGGCAUCUGGCGUGGACACGAGUUCCCACGCGCAUAGUCCGGACGACUCCACUUGGUGAUUGGAGGGAUCGAAAACCACGCCCUGGCACCUGAAACACCGUCGUACCUUUCGGACCGACAACUCCGCCAAUACGAACGUAUCCAAGCCAAGCACGCACUUGAAAAGAACGCGCGAGAAGCCCAAAGACAGCUUCGACGGCUCCGUCUAGCACGGAGAACAGCGUCAUCAGAACCCAGCGGUAUCAACGCGGACCACACAGCUGGGCCGGAUCAGAACCAGGUGCAAGAAAAGACACCACACAGCGCACAAACACCACCAAUAUCAGACGACGAGGACGAGCAUAGCAUGGGUCCAAAAACAGAGCUCUUCAAGGGGGACGGAACAGCAGAGAAGGCAAAUGUCUGGCUUAGACAGCUGGAGCAGAUGUGGAAGUUCGACGCGAAGGACGACGAAAAGAGGUGGAGGUUUGAGCGGGCGUUGUACCCAGGGAGCCCCGCAGAGGUCUGGUACAAAACGCUACCGGCAGCAGACAAGGCAGACUGGCCGAGGAUCACUGCAGCCUUCGAGAAGAAGUGGCCGCCGCCCUCUUACACCGCACGGGAGAACUCCGAGGUGAUGAAGGAUCUGAAGGAGAACGUGUUAGAGGCGAAGGCAGUGGGGGAAAUGGUGGAAGACGAGGACGGGACGCGCAUCCCAGCGCAUCGAGCAUGGGCGCAGAUUGCGAGACGCCUUGUCAACGAUCUCCAGGGAGGAGACCCAUCGAUGCUGCUGAUGGGCGAGAUACGGGCCACCUUGCCGCCCGGAUUCUGCCGCUUGAUCUCGGAGGAAGCAACGAAAAAGACAUGGGAUGCCUGGUUCGCGGCGUUUGAGGCGAUAUCAAUCUACGCCAUCAACGAUUGGAUGGCAGAGAAUCGAAUAGAACGGCAAGAGGGCCCAGCAACAACCACAGGAUCAGCACGGGAAGGGGCAGAGUCCAUUGUAGCCAGCCUGGCGCACGCCCUGGACGUCACCCACAUCCUUUCCCCGACACGCCCACGCCAUCGGCAAGCAUUCCAGCUGUCAAACACGCGCAUCCCGGCCCCUGCGUUCAUGCCACAAGCAACGCCGACACAGACACAGCAGCUGGCACAACAACCACGCGCAAUGUUCACACCAACAACACCAGUGCGACAGCAACCCCCGCACAUGGGCACAGCAAGCCAAUGGACGGGCACAACCAUACGACCCACAAGCUCGUUCAGCAGGGACGUCUUUGCCUCGCCAAUCAGCCCAUCGGCAGGGCGCGGCCCCAUCCCCAACACGAAACCCGCAAUACCAUCGCUCGGGAACGAGGAAACAGCAAGGGCGUUGACACAGACCACCCACUUGUACGCAAAAGACGCACAGGGGCUCCGCAAAUACCAAGCUGAGUUCGCUGCCUGGCAGACCGGUAACAAGGACGUGCUCACGUUCCCAUUUUCGCCGGGGACACUCCCACCAGGGUCACGGGAGUGCUACCGGUGCGGCCUUCGAGACCCACCCCACGGCGCUGGAAGCUGCGCCGCACCGUUACCAAUACCAAUCGUUGAGUCGAACAUCCGACGAUGGGUCCACUCAGCGGUGUUCCCUCCCCGACAGAUGGGAGCGGUGCCAAUCAACGCCAUAUUUGGUGAACUGGAUGCCAAUGAGCCCAUUGAUUUCGGCGAGCAAGAGGAGAACGAGGAACAGGGAAACGGGGGGGAGCACACCUUGUAGGGGGUGGUGUUGCUCCAAACCCUCCAAAUCCCCCGGAAAGAGACCAUUCAACACGGAGGCGCCGGGAAGUUUUUACACGGGACGACGAUUCGGAAAUACCAUUUGUAUUAGGCCAACCAACGAAUACACGGAUUCUCGAGUAUAGGGCACCCCUUCCUAGCGCCAUACUGAGUGUGGGAUCCCUCCCAGAAACCGCCGUCGAACCGUUUUACCAGCGAAUCCGCCUCACCAACGACGCAGGCAACAUAGUCCGCCUGACAGCGCAGAUUGACAACGGAGCCAUGCGGAACUGUAUCUCGACGGAACGAUGGGCCCAAUACGGACAGUGCUUGGGCAAGCUAGCCCCAUCAAGAACAAUCCUCAAGGUAGCAAGUGGUGAACGCAUCACGCCAAGAGGACGGUGGUGGGGCCAAGUAUCAGUGGGCGGAGUGACGACAGGAGCAUGGUUUGAGGUAUUCCAGGGCGGCGGGGCAUUCGACGUGAUCCUAGGGAAGCCGUGGCUACACAGCGUGCGAGCCGUCCACAACUACGAAAAUGAUGAGAUACGCAUCACGGCCGCGGGACAAGAAACAACGUUACAGAAUGAGCCGAAAGACGCACCACAGGAUGCCCAACCACCCCAGUCCCCCUCAGCGCUGCCUUGUACACAGCCCACCAGAGCAAGGUUGGAAGGAACACACCACGUCAACGACGGCAGGCAAGAAAAGGAGCGAAGAUCAGCAACACAGGAAGACAACGCGGCCAAUAGAGAGCUCACAGGCGUCCCACAAACCCAGUCGGCGGGCGACAGAACCAGAACAAGGCAGCCAGGAGGCGGAGACCAGAAGCAAACGCAGGCAGCGGCAGAGGGAGCAGAGCAGACCCUGGACAUCGAAGGACGGAGCGAAGAGGCACAGGAUGAGGAAAGCAAACGAGGAGGGACAGCAAAGGAGGUGAGGGAGAAAAGGACAGAGACAGAUGCAGCAAGAUGGAGGAUGAGACGGAGGGAAGCGGUGAUAGCGGCGCUAUGGCGGACAUCGGGUAGACAAGACAACGAAACCAAGCUUCGCCGGUCCGAUCAAAGACUGCGACACCUUCGAUCGAGGCUGGACGAACUCAGGUCCAUUACCACAGAGAGAACAGCGGACUUGGACGGGGAGCAAGCGACAGAGACAGCUGAAACGAUAUUCUCGGCGAACACGGCCACGGGCUCAGAGGGCUUCGAGAUCGACCGUGGUGCAAACAAGUCAAUCCGCGCGACGGACCCGUUCAAUAAGGAACGAGUCAGCAAGAUCAUAGACGCAGUUCAAAUUGGGACGGACCUGACGACGGGGCAGAGAGAAGAAGUGGUUGCGCUUGUCAGAGAAUACGCGGAUGUGUUUGCCCUGUCAAUAUCAAGUUACCAACGCGCAUGUCACAGCGCCCGCUCACAGAGAACCAGAAAUCGUGGUUUUACAACGUCCUGGACGAGAUGGAGGAAGCGCACGUAAUUCAAAGGGUCCCAGGCGAGUUUUUGAAAUGUCUGAACAGCACGAACUUGGCUCCCAAAGACGCAGGCAAAACCGGGCUCACAAGAGCGGAUGUUCUCAGACGGGUGAACGAAGAAUGCACGAAAAACGGGUUGCCACCCUUUUGGGAGGAAGUCGGGGCCCAGAAUCCAGACACAAGCCAAAGCGAAGCGAUACUGGAGGCGACAGAGGAGGACACCGGGAGGGGCACCAGGACAACGAAGUGGAGAGUGUGCCACGCGUUCACGGCCCUCAACAAGGCGUCCCAAGUACCGCCGUUCCCGCACGGCGACAUCGGGGCAAAGCAUCAAUUUGCAGCAGGGCACCGCUGGGCAAGCGUGAUCGACCUUGCAUCUGGAUACUACGCGGUCCCACUGGACGACGAGACAGUCCCGUACACAGCGUUCUACGUCGAAGGAAGAGGGUAUUUUGUAUAUCUUCGCAUGCCGUUUGGCCUCACGGGAGCCCCAACUACCUUCUGCGAGAUGGUCGCCGCUGCGCUGGAGGACAUGAUUGGGCGAGAACUGGUUAACUGGAUGGACGACAUCUGCCUGCCCGGUGAUGUAUUCGAAGUCAAAUUGGCCAACCUGAAACGCUUCUUCACCAGGUGCCGCGAGAAACAGCUGUCACUUUCACCAUCAAAGACGAAGCUCUUCUUUACCGAGGUCCUAUUCGCUGGCGCGGUAGUCGGGCCAUCGGGCUUGAAGCCGAACCUGGACAAAGUUGGCGCCGUGGUCGACUGGCCGGUGCCCGAGAAUGUAUCUGACCUCAUGGGCUUCCUCGGCAUCACAGGAUACUUUAGGAAGAUGAUCCCAGCCUUUGCACGCAUCGCGGCCCCACUCACGGACCUCACAAGAAACGUGGAAGUAGCGGCACCGAGCUCGAACUGGCGUGUGCGGAAGGGGGAAUACAAACGAGCCCUCAAGUCAGCAUCAAUCAAACACAAAUGGGGUGACGCCCAACAGCGCGCGUUCGUAACGCUCAAGUGCCUGCUGUCGCAGGAGCCGAUUCUGAAAACGCCGCAAUACGAUGGCCGCCCAUUCAAGAUCACAACAGACGGGUCAGCAGAGGGCUUUGCUGGGUACCUGGCACAAGAGUUCCCCCAUAAAGACAAGAACGGCAAGGAGAUAAAGCAGUGGCACCCGAUUGCGUUCUGCUCCAAACGCACAUCAGCCAGUGAAGCUAAGUACGAGCCGUUUUUACUCGAAUUUGCUGCCUUAAAGUACGCACUAGACGAGUUCGAGAUGUACACAUAUGGCUCCCCCAUCGAGAUCGAAACGGACUGCCAGGCCCUACGCGAUACGCUGAUGCGGGAGAAACUGAACUCCCACCAUAGCCGCUGGAAGGAGUCGAUCCUGGCACGCAACAUCAUCGAUAUUCGCCAUCGGCCUGGCGUCGAAAACCCAGUGGCGGACGCUCUGAGCAGGAAGUGGGCAAACAGAGACCGCACAGAGCAGGAUGGCUCGUCAUGGUCGGUCGCGGCAGACUGGGAAUCAGCGGGAGGAAUCGCCAGAGACGUAUUCACGGUGACGGAGACGCACACGGCAAGUCACCCCCUCCAGGCCCGUUUCGCGGACGACUUGUUCUUUGCCCCAGUGGUCGACUACCUCCUUGGACACACGGUCGGACAUUCAAUUGCGGAGCGCAGACGACUAGCACACAGAGCUGAGGGCUUCAUGAUAGAGGAGGGCAAGCUCUGGCGGGUCGCGGACACAGCAGCACGUCGGGUCGCAAGGACGGAGUGUAUCCCCACGGCGCAAGGGUUCGACCUCGCAAUGUCAGUCCACGCACAAAACGGACAUUUCAAUGUCGAAAGCACGAAGCUUAAACUAUCGGACCGCUACUUCUGGCCGGGCAUGGACACGGACUGCCGAUCGGUAAUGCUCGAAUGCUCGAGAUGCAAGAGCUUCGGCGCCCCAACGCGCAACUCUCUCCUACAACCUAUCCGCCGCACCCUGCCGUUUGCCCUAAUCGCUGGGGACUACCUCUCGCUACCGGAUGGCAAAGGGGGCUUCAAGAACGUGGGCCUCUACGUGGAUGUGUUCUCACACUUCGUAUGGGGAACGAAGCUGAAGUCGGCGGGCACCGCCAAGACAACCAUAGAUUCGCUGAGUCAUAUCUUCCGCGAACAUGCAGUACCUGACGCUUUCAUGGCAGACGGAGGGAAACACUUCCGGAACGAGGCGGUGUCCGACUAUUGUGCAGCAAACAACGUCAAGCACAUUACGACCCCGGCAUACUCGCCCUGGGUGAAUGGCCUCAUAGAGGGGAGCAACAAGAUCUUGCUGAAGAUCUUGAAACGCCUAUGCGCACCCGACCACGACACAGACGAAGGGACAGUGGACCCAGGGGACAUACCGAGGAACUGGCCAGACCACUUUGAUGAGGCACUACGCAUGAUGAAUGACCGGAUCCUGAUAGCGCUCAAAGCCACGCCAAGGGAGCUGCUUUUUGGAAGGCCCUUCACGCGGGACCAGACCACGCCAGACCAGCUAAGUGAGACGACUGCAUCAGACGCGGACAUUCACUUCGCGAUAGCGGACAGCAUCCGGUGGACGGCACACCUCCGAUCACUCGAGCGGGCAGCACAGCAAAAGUCCAGCUUCGAAGCGAACUCGAAGAUUGUGCGCUUCGUGAUCGGGGACCUGGUACAGUGGUACGACUCGGAGGCAGACAACAACCGCCUCUCCGUGAACAAACUAAAACCGCGCUGGUCGGCACCGGUACAAAUCUACGCACAGCACCUCAACUCCUUCUCGCUAUGCGACCUCGAAGGGAGGCCACUACCGAACCUCCAGUUUGUACAUUCAAGACGCCUACGACAUUACAUCCCUCUACGUGAUUCUACCUUGGACCAGAAGCACCCACGGGACGCGACAACACCGGAUCCCACGACGCAGGACCUGGAGAUUGCAGCGGCAGAGGAACGGAUGGCGGAGGAAGCCUGGAAGUCAGAUCUCUAAAACCAGUGGGCAGCUGGGGUAACGUCGGGCGAGUAGGGCCGCAACUGCGGAGCCCAAUGCGUGGCGUUUCCAUUGACGAGACGGGGGACAUGUCCGAGGACGGACAUCGCUUGAGGGGGGGCACCUGUGGCUGUGCCGAGAGUCUGGAGCGGGCGUUUCCUAGUUUAGACAGUCAUUAGUCAUCAUCAUCCUUUUUCUGUGGAACACAUCCAUCUUCACGGC